UUUUCCUAUUUGUUCUCCCUAGUAACAUCCCAAGUCCUUCCAUUGAACCCUGCCGGCCGCCAAGGUGCGUGGCAGCUAUUACAUGCAAGUGUGGGGAUAUCUGCCAUGCAUAUGCAACUUUUGCAUAACAACAAGGUUAUCAUCUUUGACCGCACCGAUUUCGGCCCUUCCAAUCUUUCCCUCCCCAGUGGCCUUUGCCGGAUUGAUCGUUCCGACACCGUGCUCCAAACUGACUGCACAGCUCACUCAAUCCUAUAUGAUAUCAGCACCAAUGCAUUUCGUCCCUUGAUGGUUCAAACUGAUACUUGGUGCUCCUCUGGUACAGUUCUCCCUAAUGGAACUCUUGUUCAAACCGGUGGCUACAAUGAUGGUGAUCGCAAUAUUCGAACUUUCACUCCUUGUACCGAUGAAUACUGUGAUUGGAUUGAGUUCCCACAUUCUUUACUGCAGCGAAGAUGGUAUGCUAGUAACCAAAUUUUACCAGAUGGUCGAAUAAUAAUUGUUGGUGGGAGACGACAGUUCAAUUAUGAGUUUUAUCCUCAUGAUAUUGAAGGCAAGUCCUCAGGUUCAAGUACUGAUCAUAUUUUUGGGCUGAAUUUUUUGAGAGAGACAAACGAUUAUCAAAUGGAGAACAAUUUGUAUCCAUUUUUGCACCUUCUGCCAGAUGGAAACUUGUUCAUUUUCGCUAAUACGAGAUCAAUAUUGCUUGAUUAUAAUCAAAACAGAGUAGUGAAAGAGUUCCCUCAGAUACCUGGUGGCGAUCCGCGUAAUUACCCAAGCUCAGGAUCAUCCGUUUUGCUCCCUUUGGAUGAUCAAAACGAGGCCAUCGAACCCGAAAUCAUGGUGUGCGGAGGUGCACCGAAGGGUUCAUUUACGCAAGCCACGCAAGGGAAUUUCAUACGUGCAACAUCCACAUGCGGGAGGCUCAAGGUUUCCCAUGCAAACCCUAGUUGGGUCAUGGAAGACAUGCCAGUGCCACGAGUCAUGGGUGACAUGAUACUUUUGCCGUCCGGCGACGUGCUGAUAAUCAACGGAGCAGAAAUGGGUACCGCCGGCUGGGAAUUAGGCAGAGGUCCGGUCACCAGGCCGAUCAUUUACCGCCCGUCCGGCGACCGCCCUGACUGGCGUUUCUCAGUGAUGUCACCAUCCCCGAGACCAAGAUUGUACCAUUCAUCAGCCACACUAUUAACCGAUGGGCGUAUACUAGUUGGUGGAAGCAACCCCCAUGUUUUCUACAACUUCACAAACGUGGAGUUCCCUACUGAUUUAAGCCUGGAAUCUUUCUCGCCACCAUAUUUAUCCCCAGAGUAUGAUCCAAUCAGGCCUCAAAUUUUGUCCUUAGAUGAGAAAAUAAGGUAUGGGAAGUCCUUCUGGCUGAGUUUUAGUGUGAAAGAUUAUCUAACAGCUAGUGUUUUGUCUGUGAGGAUUGUUGCACCAUCAUUCACAACACAUUCUUUUGCAAUGAAUCAAAGGAUGGUAGUGUUGAAGAUUGUUGGCGUGACAACCCUUCUUCCGCCGGCGCCCUAUGCUUAUGGUUUAAGCAUGGUCGGGCCGUCGACGGCUGAGAUUGCUCCGCCGGGAUACUAUCUGUUGUUUGUGCUGCAUGCCGGUGUACCAAGUUCUGGGAUGUGGGUGAAGAUAGAAUGAUGGGGAUUAAUU